UUUUUCCGCUCACUCUUGAGGUCUUCGGCGACAGCAAUUACAUGGCUGAUUCUCCGAACACUGCUCCUUUAUUUUCUCCCCUAAGCAAGCAUUUAUUCACAGCCACCCACACCCACCGGCCUAAACCCCCCAAGGGCAGAAACGGUGACAUUAUUCAUUUGCUACGUAAAAAACCCAACAAAAAAAAGAAAAGAAAGAACAGAGAAGGUUUUCUGAGGAUCAAAGAAGGUGAAUUGAUGUGGAAACAAAAAUGGCAAAUAAGAGAGUAGAAGAUCAAGACCCAUGUACGGGUAAGCUAACAGCAAUAUUUACAAAAGCUGCAAAACACGUAUUCGGUUUCUUCUUAAUGGUGGUUCUAUGCAAUGUCACGCACUUCCUUCUAAAGCCCGUCUCACAACCUCGAAUCACUUCUGAUACCUUUAUAGGGCUGCUCAUUGGGAACUUGGGCAUUGUACGUACUUUAUUUGAUAAACCAGCAGCUCUAGCUCUGCGUUUUAUCAUUGAUUUUGGGAUGAUAUGCUACAUGCUUGUGUUGGGUAUAGAAAUGGAUCCAUAUGUGCUCUUGAAAGCACCAACUCGAGAUGCUAAAGUGGCAUAUGCUGGAAUGCUCUCCACAUUCAUCCUAGCCUGCUCCAUAACCCCAUUGCUGAAUUAUACAGGGAAAUUCAAAAUAAACUUCACCCUUACCCUCUCCACUGCCCUCUCCAGUACAGCCUCUCCCGUCCUGACUCGUAUAAUUACUAGUUGUAAAAUAGGCAAGUCGGACAUUGGCCGGCUUGUCAUUGCUGCAGGAAUGCAUUCUGAUUUUAUAUCCACUCUUCUCAUUUCCAUUGGCUAUAUCGUAUAUCCAAUAAGAGAAAAACCUUCAGGUAAGAGUCGAAUUCAAGAAGUCGUAGAGAUGAGUUCUGCACUAGUUCUCCAAACAGUGAUCACUGCCAAAGUUUCACCGAUUAUUAUGAACUGGGUUAACAACGAGAACCCUGAAGGCAAACCCAUUAAAGGUUCACACCUAGUGCUCUCAGUUGCCUUCAUGGGUUUGGUUUGCAGCUGCUCGCCUGCAUACGGGUACAGCCCCAUGCUGAGUGCAUUUAUGGCGGGGAUUUUCUUGCCUAGUAAGGGGAGAGUAUCAAAAUAUGUUAUUAGCAAAGUCAACUACUUGUUAACUACCAUUUUCUAUCCCAUUUUCUUCAUUUGGAUGGGCUUUGAAGCUGAUUUCCGAGAGUUUGAACCUGGCCAAAUAGGAACUUGGGCAAGGCUGUUUCUACUCUUUGUAAUAGCGACAGUAGGGAAGGUCACUGGGACGGUCAUCUCUGGCUUGUUGUUGGGAUUUCAUUGGCCCGAAUCGGUCGCACUUGGGUUGCUUCUCUCUGUAAAGGGCCAUUAUCAAAUUUACUUGGCUAUUGCUGCUAACACAGCCGGCACCACAUCAACUACAACCAGCAUUGUGUUGGUAAUUGCAGUCUUUUUCACUGUUGUGUACAUACCAUCAGUUGUCUCGCAUAUAAUCAAACGUGCAAGAAAACGUGCACCAACUCAUCGAAUGGCUCUUGAAUGGCUUGACCCAUCGAAAGAGCUCCGACUCAUGCUAUGUGUUCAUGGGCCUCAAAAUGUGCCUGCUGCCAUUAACUUCAUAGAGAUAUCUCGAGGCACAACUGACCCUGGAAUCGAGGUAUAUGUCACUGACAUGAUUGAACUCACAGACAAAAUAGCAGCCACACUUGUGCAAGUUGAUGGAGUGGACAAUAUGAGAGUCACUGACCAGUCAGUGAUAGACAUGAGAGAAGAAAUCACGACUGCAGUUCAAGACUAUGAAGAUAUGAAUGGUGAUGGUGUUACAAUCAGACGAAUGCUUGCACUCUCUACAUUCAAUGCCAUGCCCCAUGAUAUUUGUAAUUUGGCGGAGGAGUUGGUGGCGGCACUCAUCAUAUUACCAUUUCACAAGACCCAGCGUCCAGAUGGAACAUUGGAUGCAGGCCAUUCAGGAUUUAGAUAUGUGAACCGCAAGGUUCUCAGGGAUGCCCCAUGCUCGGUGGGAAUUCUGGUGGAUAGAGGUCUUGGAUUGAUGGAAAGAAUAUCAAGAUUACAUGUAUCUCCCAACAUUGCAGUGAUUUUCAUUGGUGGCAAAGAUGAUAGAGAAGCAUUAGCCUAUGCUGGGCGUGUAGCACGGCAUCCUGGAGUAAAACUCACUGUCAUAAGAUUCUUAGUGGAAACCAGUUUAGAGAAUGCAUCAAGAAGAACCGGCAACUAUAGGGUCAAUGUUGCAGAGCAGGAAGAGGAGAUGAAGAUCGAUGACGAGUGCUUUGCGCAAUUUUAUGAGAGACAAGUAGCAGGCGGGCAUGUUGCAUACGUGGAGAAGCAUCUUGCAAAUUCAUCUGAGACCUAUUCAACUUUAACGUCAUUGGAGGGGCAGUACGCACUCAUCAUUGUAGGAAGAGGGGGAAGGGCAAACUCAGUGUUGACAAUGGGAAUGAAUGAUUGGCAGCAGUGUCCAGAACUGGGUCCAAUUGGGGAUGUUCUGUCAGGAUCUGAUUUCUCAAUGAAAACCUCGGUUUUGAUCAUUCAACAACACAAUGUAAAAGGAGAACUGGAUGGACUUGAUGAUGACUUCUCUAUCAUGUAAAUGUCAAGCCAACUGCGGUAGCUUAGAACUUUAGAAACUAAUUGUAACAAGGAAACAGGUGAUUUCUAGAACCUUAUUCGUUGAAAAUGGCAACCACCAUGUGAAAAUUGACAGCGGGAGUUGCCAAGAUAAUUUACCCAAAGGGUGAAAAAAGCCUAGCAAUCCUAGAUCCCUUAACAAACCUCUUUUAGUCGACU